AUGUCGGAAUCUUCUCUCUACACAUGCAAUAACAGCCUUAGUUUCUCGUGCAAAGCUUUCUUGAUCUUCACAGCAAACCCUCCGUACAAUACAGUUCCCACAAUUUCAUCCCUCACGUUUUCCGACCAAUCAGAAAUCGCGAAACUCAACAACCUCAAAACGGUCGCGAAUUUUCCGACAGGACAAGAAAUCAUCGUACCUGUGGACUGCUCUUGCUCUUCGGAUAAUUACUACGAAGCCACCACCACUUACACUGUCCUAACCGAGUCCGAAAGCUACUUCUCAAUUGCAAACAAUACUUAUCAAGGAUUAUCGACGUGCGAUUCUCUUAAACAUGCGAAUAGUAAUCGGCCUUUGUCGUUUGGAAGUAAAUUGCGGGUCCCACUUCGAUGUGCUUGUCCAACGAGUGAACAAGAAGAAGAAGGAAUCAAGUUCUUGGUGACUUAUUCGAUCGGUUUUGGUGAUACUAUUUAUGCUUUGAGUAAACAAUUCAAUGUGAGUAAGAAGGGAAUAAGUGAGGCGAAUAUUUUUCCGACUAUUAUUUAUCCCUUCACAACUGUUUUAAUUCCUAUGAAAAACGAACCCUCGAGUUUGCAUACUUUAAACCGAAAUAUUAAUCCGAUCACCACAUCGCCUUUACCUUCUCCCAUUUUUCGUGAAAAUAAUAAAUCGAGAAUCGUUCUUUCGAUUGUCGGUAUAUCUGCAGGUGCUUUCUCUCUCUUGAUCUUGCUUCUUUUCUUGAUUUUGAUCUUUCUAUUUCGUAAGAGAGAAACAAGAAAUAUUACAGAGAAGAAUAAGGCGCGUAAUUAUUCUCCAAGGGAACUGGUUCUUGAAAUCGCGAGCUUCGAUCGAGCACUCAAAGUAUUCGAAUUCUCCGAAUUAAAAAGGGCGACGCGAAAUUUCGGAGCAAAGAAUAGAAUAAAGGGUAGCUCCGUUUACCGUGGAAUCUUACGACGGGAAAUCUUGGCCGUUAAAAAAAUCAACGGAAAAGCAGAUGAUGAGGUGAAGAUUCUGCAGAAGAUUAACCACUUCAACAUCGUAAAACUUCGUGGAAUAUUCUGCGGAGAGGGAAAAGAAUAUUCCUCUUCCUCGUACCUUGUCUACGAGUACAUGAGAAGCGGGUCCCUCCGAGAAUGGCUAAGCGGAAGAAUGCUGAGCUGGAGCCAGGCGAUCGGUAUAGCGCUCGACGUUGCAAACGGGCUUCUCUAUCUACACAACUUUGCCAGUCCAGCUUACGCACACAACAAUAUAAGCAGCGAAAACAUUCUCCUCGACGGAAAUUUAAGGGCAAAGAUUUCGAAUUUCAAUCUUGCAACAAAAAUCGACGGUAGUAUCGAUAAAACAGUUGCUACUAAGGUUGAUGUAUUUAGUUUCGGGGUGGUUCUAUCGGAGAUUAUAACCGCGGGGAAGUACUCGGUUUUCGAGAAAGGCGAUAGGGAAACAAUACUUACGACGAGUGUAGCUGCUACUAUGGAGAGCGAGAACGUAGAGGCUGCGUUGAGCGGGUUUGUGGGGCCCGGUUUAGUUGCUGGUGGAGGAAUGGAAUACGCUCUGCAGGUGGCGAGAUUAUGCUUCAGCUGCUUCAGACAAGAUCCGGCGGGUCGACCCGAAAUGGCAGAGGUUGUUUCGGUUCUUUUGAAAGUGCAGUUUAGUAUAGAGAAGCCAUUGUUGUGUAGUGUAGUUUGCAGUAAUGUGGAUUUGUGCAUGGAAGAUGAGAUUACUACUAGCUUCAGCUCAUCUUCCUUUGUGUUCUAG